GAGUCGGUCCAGGUCUGGGAAUUCAGGGCUGACCCAGACCUGAUUCCAGCCCAGCCAGGUCCAGCCAGUCACGGCCAGGUGUAUUCCCAGUCCAGGGUUGGGCCGUACGUGCCAGGGCUGGCCAAAAGAUUAACAGAAAUGUCGAGCUUCUGUCUGUAAAUCUUGAUCAAUCCAUGGAAAACCUGGUCAGCGCCAUAAUACAUGAGGCAGAGUACGCGUCCAGUGAUCGUGAGAGUUCGAGUGGCAUUCCUGGUAGCCCAACAUCUCUGGAGACCAGUCACACCAAGUUUUGAACCAGGACACCUACACUUCUGCUCAUCCUAAAGGAGAGGGCACUGCUCCAGAUAAUGAGUAGGCCCCUACCCUUGGGCACAUUUUAGACCAUGUCACAGUCUUUGUCUGCACCAGGGCUUGUCUGGGAGAUUGAUGUUGGAGGUUGGCAGGGUACUGGUCCUACUCCACCCAACAUUCCUAAAAAAGGUGUAUUGAGAGGGAAAAAGAAGAAGGCUCCAAAAACAGGGAAGUGUGCUACUGGCCAGAGCAAUGGAGAUCGAGUGGGAAGUGGGAAGUCUCUGUCAGGGAGUGCUCUGCCAGACAUCUCAACAGACGACAUGCCUUCAGGUGAUCUGAGGGAACACGACGAGGAUGAGUCUGUCUUCGGAGAUGACAUGGCCAUUGAUUAUGUCCCACCCAAGAAUCAUGCUACAGUUGAUCUCAUUUCACAACGGAAGUUCAUCGAUCUCAAGAAAUGGUACUGUAUCAGCCGGCCGCAAUAUUCCAAAUCCUGUGGCAUCUCGUCACUGGUGUCUUGUUGGAAUUACCUCUUCAGUAAACUUGGUGCUGGAAGUCUUAAGCCCAUCACUCAAGAAGAGGCUUUGACCGUCUUAGACUUCAAACCACCGUUUGGGCAAAUUAAGUUUGGUCCCUUCACUGGUAAUCAGACCCUGAUGAGGUGGUUCAAGCAGCUGAAUGAUCACUAUGGUGUUCGGGGUCGUGGCUACUUCCUCUACAAGCCCAUUGGGAAGAACAGAACAUCAGGUCUGAGAGGCGUGCAGGCUGUGACAAAACUGAAAGAGUGUUUGAGGAAGGAUGAUACGGCCAUCAUCUAUCACUGCCUGAAUCACUACUUCUGCCCGAUCGGGUAUGAGGAAGUCCCCCGCAAGGCUUGGGAUGCUUACAGCUGUGAGACGGUUCCCGAGAAAGACCUGACGACCUGGAUCCUGGUUGGUGACCCCAGCAAGAAACAUCCUGGCAUGCACUGCAUCAAAUGGGACGACAUCGAACAAGAUCUGAACCUCGAGAUGCCUGAGUUCCUGAAUGUCCGUCAGCUGCACAAGGGAAUUCAGAAACGUAACACGGCUAAGAAGUCUGGUAAUAUGCACUGUCUGAUGGCCUUCCAGAGAAGUAUGUGGCAGGGCAGGAAGAACAGUCUACAGAAGGGCAUCAAGAAAACAAAGUGUACACAAAGAGAUAAAAUCGCAAAGACCGUGUUCAAGUCUAAGUCAGCUGGGAGACGACAAGACUUGUUGAAAUCUGAUACCGAUUCUGAUCUACAUUUGCCACCAAUAGGUGGUGCUAAUAGCAUGCUGAGCGACGAGAUGGAUGAGCUGAUGCAUUGGGUAGAGACUGGUGCUCUCACUGACUACAGACCAACUCAUGAACUUGUGGAUGAGGGGAAUGCUUCUCAAUCCGGCACAUCAUCUUGCGGACAAGAUGAACAAGACGACUUUCCAAAAGUUGAAGGUCACAAAGUUCCUGAAAGAUUAGAAUUUGACGAUGUUCCAAAUGGACAGGAAUGUGUUAAGUCUGUGAUGAAUCUCUCAAUAGGUGGUGCUAAUGUUUGCCAUCAUGAGGAAGAUAGCACUACUGGACAUGGAGCCGAGAAUGAUAUGGAGACAGAGUCAGACUGUAUGUCAGGGGAGGACCUGUAAGAGAUGCAAAUGACAGGUGAAAACCAUGACAGCUGUCUGGUCCACCAGUGAGUGGAGGAUAAUUGUAAUCAUAUCCUCAGGCUAUACCUUGUGUGAUAGGAGUGACCUUAUCCUUAUUCUGUACAUUAUGAGUGUCCAUACAUGUAACCCAGUGAUGCAGAGAGGUGCUAAAAUGAAGAGACAUUUUUCCGUCCAUGUUCAGUCCUACUUGUUGUACUGAACAUACUUGUUGAUAUAUAUUGUUAGAAUAGUAGCAGACACUGCAAUCAGAAUUGUUCAGUUGAGGUUAGAAAGUGUAACUACAUUUGUGUGUGACCUUAGGUGUGACAAAC